CUCCCGGGGCCCGCGAGGAUCCCCAGUGAAAGGGAUCCGGGCCGCGCCGGCGGAGGUAACGCUGAACCUUGGACUCGGACCCCACCCCCGCCAUGGUGCCUCAGGAGCCGCCCGGGCCUAAGGACACACAAGCCCUAUUGGCUUCUCAGGACCUGUCGAUGGAAAAGCCAGAGCUGGAGCUGGGUCCCCUGCAGUACAACUAUCAUGUGGACAGGCGGGUGCUGAAUGAGCAGGAGCUGGAGCAGACAGGGCAGAGGAGCCAGAGCCCGAAGCCUUCCCGAUGGCGUGUCCUGCCCAGGUGUUCGAGAGCCAUGGCCUGGGCCACUCUCCGCCGCUUCCUGCCCAUCCUCAGCUGGCUGCCCCAGUACCCAGUGCGCGAGUUUUUCCUGGGGGACCUUCUGUCUGGGCUCAGCGUGGGCAUUGUGCAGCUGCCGCAGGGACUGGCCUACGCCCUCCUAGCUGGGCUGCCCCCGGUCUUUGGCCUUUAUACCUCUUUCUACCCCAUCCUCAUCUACUUUUUAUUUGGUACCUCCCGGCAUGUUUCUGUGGGGACCUUUGCCGUGGUGUCGGUGAUGGUGGGCAGCGUAACAGAGGCCCUGGCUCCCAAUAGUGCUUUCCUGGAUUCUGUGAACAGCACAAUGAAUGUGACGGCCAGAGACGCUGCCCGUGUGAAAGUGGCCUCUGCCCUGAGCCUGCUGGUGGGCGUUUUCCAGGUCGGCCUGGGCCUCCUUCAGUUUGGCUUCGUGGUAACCUACCUCUCAGAGCCGCUGGUGCGGGGCUACACCACGGCCGCCUCCAUCCAAGUGCUCGUGUCCCAGCUCAAGCAUGUAUUUGGCCUGGAUACCCAGGACUACUCGGGGCCCCUGUCCCUGAUCUAUAUAGUGUUGGACAUCCUCUGGAAGCUGCCAAAAAGCAAAGUGGGCACCGUAGUCACCGCCCUCAUAGCUUCAGUCCUACUCUUUGCCAUGAAGAUAGCGAACCAGAAACUGGGCCGGAAGCUGCCCGUACCUAUACCGGCCGAACUCCUCAUGCUCAUUGGAGCCACAGCCAUCUCUUAUGGAGUCGGCCUGAAGGACAAGUUUGGGGUGGGCAUCGUGGGUGACAUCCCUGCAGGACUGGAGCCUCCCCAGGUGCCCGACCGCCAGUUCUUUGAGAAGAUUGUGGGGAAUGCGUUCGCCAUCGCUGUGGUGGGCUAUGCCAUCGCCAUCUCCCUUGGCAAGAUCUUUGGAAUGAAACAUGGCUACGCGGUGGACAACAACCAGGAACUGAUUGCCCUGGGCCUCAGUAAUUUCUUUGGCAGCUUUUUUCAGUGUUUCCCCAUAAGCUGCUCCAUGUCCCGGAGCCUGGUGCAAGAAGGCUCAGGGGGGAACACACAGGUUGCUGCGAUCAUCUCCUCCCUCCUCAUCCUCAUUGUCAUUGUCAAGUUGGGGGAGCUUUUUUAUGACCUUCCCAAAGCUGUCCUGGCUGCUAUCAUCAUUAUCAACCUCAGGGGCAUGUUCAUCCAGUUUUCUGAUAUCUGCUAUCUGUGGAAAGCCAACAGGGUGGACCUGAUGAUCUGGCUGGUGACCUUUGUGGCCACUAUCCUGUUGAACCUGGACAUUGGUCUGGCUGUGGCUGUGGCCUUUUCCCUGAUCACUGUCAUUUUCCGCACUCAACUACCUCAUUACUCUAUCCUGGGGCAGGUGCCAGACACGGACAUUUACAGAGAUGUGACUCAGUACAAGGAGGCCAAGGAAGUCCCAGGAAUAAAGAUUUUCAGUUGUUCGGCCACCUUGUACUUUGCCAACGCUGAGUUGUACAGGAAAGCCCUCAGUAACAAGAUCGGCCUGGAUGUUGACUACCUUGUGUCUAAGAAGAAGAAACUGAUCAAGAAGCAAAAGUGGAAGGCAAAGAAAUUGCAGAAGGAAGAAAACCAACAGAAGAGAGCUGCUGACCAAAUAAUACCCUUAGAGUCCUCAGAAACUCAGGAAGUCAACCUUAAAAUUGAGGAAAUAGAGAUCGGAAAUGCCAGAGAGCCUCAUGACCAGGACGGCAGUGCCAAACAGCCAGACGGUGCUGUGGGCAACGACCAAGGGGGCACGUUUACCUUGGAGAUGCUGGGCCUCCCUCAGCCACCCUUCCACACCCUUAUUUUGGAUUUGGGGGCUUUCAAUUUUGUGGAUACCGUGUGCAUCAAGACCUUGAAGAAUAUUUUCCGUGAUUUCCAAGAGAUUGAGGUGAAAGUGUAUUUGGCUGGCUGUCAUGGGACUAUGAUCUCCCAGUUUGAGUCUGGGAACUUCUUUGGAGAUUCAAUCACCAAGAGCCACCUCUUCGUUUCCAUCCAUGAUGCGGUCACCUUUGCCCUUAUGCAGUCGAGACUCCGAUCCCCAAGCAUGGUUGUGGCCACUAGGAUGUGACGCCCUCCCGCUGCCACCGCGUGACCCACAUGCCCCUUGUUGGGGGGAAGGGAGGACUCAGAACCUGCUCUGUGGAGAGAGACGUUCUCUUCCAUCCCUCACGGAAAACCAGCUUCAGCACUUGGAAUGAGCCUCGGGCAUCUGAGAUGGGGGUCAAGCCAAGACAUGGGGAUCGUCUGAAGUGCCCUUACUCUGGCCCAGCCCAACUGCACAUUGCAGUUGAGUGGCUGGGGAUGGGUUUUGUAUGUUUUUGUGAGAAUAAAGUAUUUGUCUUUGGUCUU